AUGUCACUGAGCAGUUCCACUCUGAAAAGAAACCCGAAGAUGGAGUUGAAUCGAUCGGAUCUCUUGAGACUGCUGUCCAUUCUGGAGGGCGAACUCCAGGCGCGGGAGAUCGUCAUCGCAGUGCUGAAGGCCGAGCAGAUCAAGAAACUCUUGUAUCCGAACCCCAAGUGUUCGCCGAAAGCCAUGUUUGUCUCGAAGACUAUUAAAUUGAGCGCUGAUUGCGACCAAAGACUGCAAUACAGCGACCCCUGGAAUGCGUGA